UUUACAAAAAUAUUUUCUUUAGAAAAAUGUUAAUUAGGAUCUUGUCUUUAAUUUAAUUAAAAUUUAAUUAAAAGUUCGCCUUUAGAAAAAAUUGUUGUGAAAUUUUGUCUUUAAAAAAUCAUUUCGAGGGGGGUUCGGCCCUGCCUGUAGUUUUGUCAUUAGAGAGUGUUCCGCUGAAAUUUUGUCUUAAGAAAAGAUUUUAUUAUAAUUUUGUUUUUAAUAAAGAUUUUUUUUUACAAUUUUGUCCUUAAGAAAAAUAAUUUUUGAGGCGGUCGUGGCCUGGCCUAUAUUUGUCUUUAUAGAAUACUAUCAAUAUAAAAUUUUCAAGUUUCGGUCUUUCAUGUUGCAGGAUGGGGCUAUAUUCAUUCCCACUACAGAAACUUUUGUAUUUUAGCUCGUUUAAUUAUAUCAAUAUAGUCAUACAGUUCGUGGUACAUGCGACACCAUUCGCUGAUUUUAUUCAUUCAUAAUCCUUCUUUCAAAUACACCAAGUUCCGAGCUUUGAUACCUACCAAUUCUAGUUGCCAUACCCACUUAAACUGAAUGCCUCGGUCUUCCACGCUGUGGCAAAUCUGCACCUUCCGUUUAAAGUUUUUUAAAAAUGCUUCAACCAAAUUGACCGAAUUUGGCAUAUGAGGUUCUCAGUGAAAUAAAUUUUCCUGCAGGAAAUUGAUUACUUACGUGGACGUUCUGGCUUUCUAACUAUUAAAUGGCCAGUACUGGUAUAUGGGCGCUGUACUAAUAUCACGACCUGCAGUGAAAAAUUUUCCAAUAAGUUUUUUAUCAUUUUCGUUCAUUGUCGACUAUUGCGCUGACUGACAAUACGAUUAUAAAAAAAAUGCUGCUAACAUUUUGAACUUGUUUGUAAUGUCAUGGAUAUGUGAAUUGGUCUCUUAUUGAGAAAAUACCUAAAUACACCACACCAUUCAUUGCGACUCACUGCCACAUGAACAGCAAAACGCCUCAACACAACCCUGAAAUGCGAAACACCACGAACGCUCAGUGCUCACCAAAUUAUGCCAAACAAAAUAAAAGAGAAUAAUCCAACAAGACCAUUAAAAUUUUCUUAGCCAAUACAAGAAAUAGCAGAAUAGCAGAGAUGUUAGUGGACACAAAAAGAGCGAUUUCUUCACCUUUCCCAAUACGAAGGAGAUUAUCUCUUGUGCUGAUAGCACACCAUACCAAGUGUGACACCACUACAGGCCUCUCAAUUGGAGAACAGAGAGAUACAACAAAAUGAGAAAAACUCACGGAUACCGAUUUCAAGCGUUUCUUAUGGAAUCUUCUAUGGCCGAAAUGGUUUAGUAUUGCUCUACCUGUCGUCUCGUUAACAACAACUUAACAAUAGGAACGGUCGUGUGUGACGUUGAUUUUUAGUGCUCUCAGCAAAAAAAAAGAAAAUAAAUGUGAAACAAAAAGAAGAAAACGAGCAAAAUUUGAAUAAAAACGAUAUAUAUCUUUUUGUUUUUGUUUCCCUUUUGAGUUGUCCUUAAGGUGUUGUGGUUUACCACUGAGCACUAUAUCAUACAAAAAAUAAAUCGUUUUGUGAGUGAAGGCUUAAGUUACGCGUAAAAAAUGCUUCCCCUAACUUAAAAUUAGAAUAAUAUAAAUAUUGUAUUAUAAUAGAAAUAGUGAAAGAUAAAAAAAGCAAUGAAAUUGUCUUAUUUACAUGCAACAACAUGAAGUUAAUGUGAUAAUGUGUCAUUGGGGUUUUGCUAAGCCACUUGUGAAACAAAAUCAAUCAUACGCUCGUAGUAAAAGUGUAAUAUGCAUUUUCUGAAACAACAGCAACAGAAACUACGUCUGAAAUCUAUAAAUGUUGAGAGUGCAGAAAAGUGUCAUUGUAUAGUGAAGCCUAAAAUAUGAUAACCAAAAUUUGGAAAAUUUAAAGAAAUACCAAAAAAAGCAAUAUCCACAUCUGCUGAGGGUGCCUUAAUGUAAAUUUGUUGUAAAGAUUUGGGAAAGUCAUUUCGGAUUUGGCUUCGUGCGGAUAAAAAGAGAAAAAACAAUGUAUAUUGCGUGUGUGUGUGUGUGUAUGUGCUGUUGGCAAAUGUAAGCGAGAGUUCGGAGUAUGGAAUCUGAAAUUAUCGUAAACUACAACAACAACUUAUACAUAUAUUACUUGUUUAUAACUACAUGCUGUUGCAACAAACGACAAAAGCAGCCACCACAUCUCAGGCCAAACUAAAAGAAAGCCCGUUUUAGGCCAACAACAACAAUAAGUGCACCUUCGAAACGACAGCAGCAGUGUCGGUGGCUGUGUCCAUAAAUUGUUUGUUGUUGUCCAAUGCUUAUUCAGCUCAUUGCAAUAACAACAAAUCUCUCCCUGAGCUUAUUACAAAAACUACAACACACGUCACGUCGUAAAUUGCAAUAAAAAUAAUAAUAACAAUAAUAAAAAAAUCAACAACAACUGCAUUCUUGCUUUGGCAAACUGUGACUACACAUAUACUGCAUAAGCGCGCCAUGGUUGUCGCCACCACCGCCCUCGUUGUCCGUCUGACCAAAUGGUGAAUGUUUUAAUUCGCAACGACGUUGUUUUCACGUUGGCGGUUCGCGUCAAUUACCAAUAAUUUACGUUGUAACAAAACAAAAAUAAAAUUCAAAUAGUUUCUUUAAAAACAUCCACAAUAGUAGUGAAGUGUUUUAUGAAAAAACGACUACAGCAAAGUGAAAAUACUAAUAUGUCGCCAAGAAAAAAUCAUAAUUUGUCUAAUAUUUUAACUAUAAACCAAGUGUAUUAAAUAUUCGUAACAGAUUAAAAUCGAGUUACACCGCCAAAAAUUAGAGAAAUUUAAAAAAGUGCUUAAUAUUCAUAAUUGAGAAUAAUGAGAGGAGAUUAGCUGUAAUAAAUCUAAUAAUGGAAUAAAUCAUUAUAAGGUGUAGCCAACUAAAGGAAAACUAUCAAUUAAUCAAAACUUCGUUGCCAAAACAAUGUAAAACAAAAACAAUAACAUACAAAACUUUAUUAAUGAUAAACGAUCAUAAUUAAACUAAGAUGCCUUAAAACAAUACUUCCUUGUUAUAAAACCAACAACAUAAAACCCCAAAAACAAACAAUUACCACAAAUCUAUAUUUUAUUACAAAACAAACAUUUGUUGAGAACCUAAAGUUAACGUUAAACAAGCAAAAACCAAAAACAGUAAUAGAAACAAAACAAACAAACAACAACUCCAUCGAGAUUAACUAACGAAACAACUAAACAGCCGACCAGCAAGCAAGCAAGCAAGCGAACAAAGCGCUGGACCCAACAUUUUAUUAAUGGCUAAUAAUAACAAUCGUCGUCGUUUUCAUUUGAAAUAUGAAAAACUGUGAACGUUGUCAAGACACCACCACAAACAAUAAAUUAUCAUUAACAACAGCAACACCCAUAGCAACCACAGGCUCCACAAUAGCAACAGCCAUUGAAACCAUGAAACCACUUAAAACAACAAACAAAUCUGCAACAAAACUCAGCGAUGGAGGUGGGGGUGGCGGUGGGUUAGUGGUAGGUGGCAAAGAGCUGGUAAUUAAUACCACAGAUAUGAUAAAAGCCAUACGUUACAGUAAAGCCACAGUGGCCACCAGCACCAACUCGACCAGCGGCGGCGCCAGCCUAACCAUAACAACAACGGCAACAAUGCCAACAGGUGUACUACCACUAACAACAGUUGUAGCCAGUCCGUUGUGUCAACAUCUAUUACAACAACAACAUCAACAACACAAUCCACAGCGUUGUUCGAGUGUUGGCAGCACGACGAGCAGUAUCUGUGAAACGGUGUCAUCCGAUUCGGGUCUGGCGAUGUCGCCAACGGAGCCGCAACAUCAUCAUAAUCACCAUAACCUCCACCACCAGCAAAUAUUGCAACAAACGCAUCAACAACAGCCAACUCACGCUCUCGCACAUCCCCACCACUUAAACUCUGAGUCGUAUCAGCAGCAGCAACAUCUACUGCAUCAUCAUAACAUGGCCUCGUUAUCUUUGGCGGCAGUGGCGCCACCAGCAACGACAACCAAGAUGAAUCGUAGCCUAUUGCCAUCAAAUGGAACCAACGGCCUAACCUCGGGCCUGUCAACAACAACACGUCUGUCGCCUCAUACCCAACCGCAACCACAUCAGCAGACAACACAUGGUUUAUUGCCUAGUGUUGUUUCGUCUUCAACAUCAUCAUUGUUGGCCGUAGCACCACAGCCUGUGGCAUUAGCAUCAUCAACACCAAGCAGAUUAUCCGCUACACAUCCGGCGAUGGCGACCGUGGUGCCCCCACACUCUAUAGCAGAUUCGCAAACAGCGGCAGCAUCAGCGCCAACGCCAUCACAACCACAGCAGCAACAGCAUACGCCCCUACAACCACAACCACCGCCACCACCACCUGCCGCCACAACAUUGCCACCCCUGGUGGGUGGUUUAGGUGCUGCUGCAAUGGCAGCUAAUUUGGCCGAGUCCUUUUCGUUGUUACACCAGCAGGCGCAUCAUUUUCGAGAUAUUCUCUAUGCGGCGCAUUUACUGGGUCGAGGUUAUUAUCAACCAGCUGGUCCAUUGAUCUCAGCGCAUGUCAUACAGCCAGUUACAGCUGGACCACAGCCAAUACCACCAAAUGUGCCAUUGUUACCCACCACUAAUACAAAGCUUAAGACCCUAUCAACAAAUGCCGAAGGUGAAAGCACGUCGCUCUCGGCAAAUACUGGAACGGCCGAAGGUCCUGAUACAGAACUCCUGCUCACCGGCGGCGAUCUGACACCCUAUCGUUAUCCGCCCCAUAAUGGAAAUGGAAGUGGCUCAGCAGCAGCCGCAGCCGCAGCACAUCAUAGUCAACAACAACAGCAUCAACUGCAUCAACAAGCAGCAGCACAUGCAGCAGCAGCUGCAGCUGCAGCAGCUGCUGCCGCUCAUCAAAGCUCACCGUAUCCCCGAUCCAUCCAUACUCCCAUGCACUACUCAACGCCAUAUCCUUCGAAUUACUAUUCACCAUACCCCAGUGAACCAGUGUGUUAUUCGCCUCCUGCCUAUCAACCGUAUUUCCCCACUAAAGUCUAUCAAAGUGCCCCGCCACCAUCUCAUCAUUCGGCCUAUAGGCGUUAUCCCUACUAUCCGCCAGGACAUCCGCCACCGCCGGCAGAUUUGUACGAGCAAUCACCGCCACCACCAUCAACCGCAGGUCCAACCGGACCGCCACCAGUUACAGGCCCACCGCCUCCGUCACAGGCCGGUCAACACCCAUCUUCGACAGCACCAGGGGGAAACCAGCUUGUGCCAACCGGCCCUUCUGGACACAGUCAACAUUUGGAGCAUUAUUCUGGGCCGCCGGGCUACUAUCCAGGCUAUGGUACGGGCGGUGCAGCAGCAGGUCAAUGCUAUACACGCAGUAUUCAGGCUCCGUAUAUGGAAUAUCCGCCACAAUGCCCAUGUCCAAUGCAACAGUCGUGUCCAAAAAACGUCCAUACUGGGCCUCAUAUUGGUAGCAACAGCAUCAAUCGCACUCACAACGCCAGCAGCAACAACAACAGCAGCAGCAACAACAGUACAUUAGCCAAUCUCAGCGGCAAUACCACCACCAUCACCACCAACUCAUCAGCAACAAUAGUCAAUCAUUGCAACAGCAACAGCAAGUGCAGCAAUUUGAAUGUCUCGACUUCAAUGCAGCACAACAGCAGCAACAAACCGACGAUGAGCGAUACGAGUACGGUGAACAACAGCAGCAGCAACCGCAAUAACAACAACAGUAUAACAGCGACGAUGAUAUUGAAUGCCAAUAACAAGCACAACAACAGCAAUAACAGCGAAGUGAAUUCCAAUAGAGGCCCAGUAAAAAAUCUAAAAAAUGCAACCGAAACACAAAUCGAAACAUCCAACAAACAUGUCAACGACAAUGUACCCCUCUUAUCGGUCAAAACUGAAUUAUCCUCCGACGACACAGACAACAAAAGCCAGUAUGAAGAAAAUGUGGUCACACCCCCAACUCCCCCAGGCGCCUUCAGCACAAACGAGGAUAAGCUUAAGGACUCGUCGGACAAAGAUACUGCCAUACAGGAUGUGGAGGAGAGCACAGAUAAGUUGCAAACAACUAAUGCGAUGACCGUUGCUAGCCCCACACCUAUAGAGGCUUACGAUUUGACAACUACCACACCUCCUCUGGCGGCCAGUGCGGGAAGUGCAGCGAUGCCACCUGUCAAGAACAGUACACAAUCCACACAACACACAAUGACAGUGGGUAGAAGAGCCCGCAUAGGUAAAUCAAUGGCUUGGAAUAUGGUCUAUGCUGGUGCUGCAACCCACCCCACCGCUGCGAAUCCAGUUCCCACAAAUUUGUCAAAUCCGGCUUUGCCAACGCAAGCGUGUUUACCAGGACGAACUGGCUCUCAGCCCGUAUCUCCUUUGCAUAUCGCAACCUCGCCUACUUCUACGGCGACAGUAGCUUCCACCGUCCUAAGGCGUCCCACAGCGACCCACUCUGACCAUGGAUCAACCUCGCCUGAGCAUAAUGUCAAUGGCCUGUUGGGCAAAACACCGACUCCUACCACAUUUUUUGUCAAUAAUGUCAUAACCAAACAGGAGAUCGUUGAAGUACAAGCACCACUGCUGCUGAAGGCCGAAAUCAAAUCGGAGAAAAUAAAACUCGAAGACGAUAUACUCGAUACAAUGUUGCUUCAACACAGCAACGUAGCGCAACACCAGUCGCACGGAUGCCAACAAUCUCCGCAGAAACAUAUCAUACCAGAGAAAAAUGAGCUUAAAAUCAUAAAAGCUGAGCCCAUAACACUCAGCGAAAUUUUGCACGAAAGCAAGGUAAAGAUCGAGCAGGACUGUGAAAUUCUCACACCAUCCGUAUCUAAAGACAGCCCCCUGGAGCAGAGGCCGGAAAGACGGACAGAACUGCUAGUGCCGAAGACGCAGGGUAGAAUGCGAUUGCUCCCUUCAUGGCAACAGCCAAUACAUGCCACACCCCCACCCCUUCCGGCGGUUAAUUGUGAUAUUGACUUAUCGACUACGUCCGACGACGAAGUGCUCGAUUUGUGUCACAGUCCUGUCACUGGGUGCUCCUCAUCCUCCGCAUCUCAGCCCAACUCAGGGAAACGUAUGAAGAUUUUGGAAUUCAACAAAAACCAAUGUAAAAAAUCUCCUCCCAAUAGCUACAAGAGUCUCAUCAAGCAGGCUGAGCCCAAAAUGUAUCUCUGCCUGAGCCGUAAAUUCGAAAAGAAAUCGCGAAGCGGUAGAAUUCACUCUUUCAAAUCGAACAAGGGCAGUGCCCUUAAUAAUGGCAUGCGCAGAAGGGAACUUCUGCUAACCGAUCAACAAAAGGAGAGUCUACGACUAAGGAAGAAGAAAUUGGCAGCUAUGGAAAAACGUCGCAGGGAGUCUAAAGAACUUAAGAGAUCGGAAUUAAGGCUAAAACGAAAGUGCACCAAGGAAUCCAAGACGACGAACACUGAUAAACUAAGUAUUAAGGGCGAAAAUUCUGAGCUUGAGGACAUCAAGCAUAACUGUGGCAAAGUGAAAGCAGAACACGAUGUCAUAGAUUUGGUGGAAGAUGAAGAAGUGGAUGAGUUAGUGAAGAAUAAGGACAAUGAUGGGAUUGCAUUGAAAGAAGUCUCGGUGGCAACUAAUAAAGAAGAUAUUGUCGUUGGUAGAGUUCCCACUGCCUCUCCGAAACCUUCCCCCAAGCGCGGCAAACCACCAAAGAAACCAGCUAUACCCAUGCAUUUAAUUGAAACUAUAGACGCUGUGGCCCGAGGCUACUUCUCCGAGCCCGAGUGUCGCACAGCAUGUUCUCCAGGACCAUCAGAUUUACACAGGAUCAACACAAGCACAGAGGAAAAGGAAACAUCUCGGAAACCUCUGGCCCUCAAGAUGCAGAAGAAGACCAAAACCACUUUGGAGAAAAGAUCCAAGUCAGAAACUAAGAAGCCACUUAAUGCACAUACCGAUAUCUUGACAAGUGGUUGCCUUAUUCGAGAACAACUGGCUCGACCAUUGCUAGACACAGCUCAAUCAUUAACUACCUCAAAAUCAAUGGAAAAACUAAGUACUCCUACAGGGGUAGCCUUAGAUGGAGGGGUCUCCCUGGAGAUGGCUUCAGGGGAGAACAUACAGAAGUCGGCGACUAAAGUUCGCACAAAAGAAACAAAACCGAAUAUUAUUCGGGAGAAGAAGCAAAAGAAGUGCACACAACUUUUCAAAAAAUCAAAAGCUCCAGCGGAGGCCAAUACCAUGGUCAAGGACUCAAUACUUAUCAAGGAAAACCAGUUAUCCGGUUUGAGCUUGGAAGCAAAUAACAAUGGAUAUCAUUUGGAGAAGCCAAAAGAAGCCCAAAAUCUCCCAGAAAAAAGCGAUAACCUCCUUGUAGAGUCAACAAAAUCAGCUGAGAACCUGUUGUCAUUCCUACCUGGCGCCGUGGAGAACUCCACUAACUUUACAUUUAACGCUCAAACUCCACCAUCCAUAUUGCUAAUGGAUCCUCUUGUUUUUAAUGCAACAGGAGCCACCAGCAGCAACAUUGUUGCACCUGCAUCAGCAUCACCAACACCGUUACAGUCACAACAUUCCAAUGGUACUAUUCAACCUGCAACUACGCCGGUAUUCCUACCUCCUAUGCCUCGUGUGGUCUGCCACUCGCACCAUCAACAUGGAGUCAAGCGCAAUCGAUCACGUUCCAAAUUUGGCAGUCGAAAGCGGCAAAAGUUAAAACAUUCCACGGUGUCAUUUGAAGUUGACGAAACACUGCCGCCAGCUCCGCGUAUGGAUGUUGUGCCAAAAUGGAACAAUGGCUGGACUUGGGAGGGUAAACAAUUCCAGGGUGCUGUCUUUUUGAAUAGCGAUGAUCCAUUGGUUAUACGAACUUGUUAUCCUGCUAUGCGCCAUUUGGAGGGAGACAUUAUACGCACCCGCGACUGUGUCCUUCUAAAGGCCAAUGAAGAUAACGAGUUGCCUUAUGUGGCCAAGGUGGCCCACCUCUGGGAAAACCCUGAAGACGGUGAAAUGAUGAUGUCUCUCUUGUGGUACUAUCGUCCUGAACACACCGAACAAGGCCGUCAGUUAUGCGAUAGCCCUGACGAAGUAUACGCCUCGCGCCAUCGAGAUCACAAUUCAGUGGCCUGCGUUGAAGAUAAAUGUUAUGUCUUGACCUUUAGUGAAUACUGCAGAUAUCGCCGAAGACUUCGAGCAGCUGAAGAGGAUAUCGAAGAUGUUAACAUUGUACCGAAACGACCCAAUUACUACAGUAUACGCAUAGUGCCCGACAAUACCAAUCCCGAGUUGGUUAUGUUCUGCCGCAGGGCCUAUGAAUUCCGAACUAGACGUCUUCUGAAGAUGCCAAACAAACAGGAUUAUUAUGUGGUGAACUCCUAAAGCACACAUCGCAGCUAUGGUUCCAACACAAAUGAUAAAUGCAUGGGAAACUUUAAUGAAAAGAGAUGAUCGACGAUUGACGAUCGUAUGGCAUGCAUACGACAAAAUGGCAUGGACAUGAAUUGUUAAGGCCUUUUAGUAAACAUUAAACAAUUGUUAACGAUACUUGUUUUUAUUAUAUUUUCGUGACAAAUUAAACAAAAACAAAAAUUAAAACAAAAAAUCCUUUAGAAAUGCCAUUUCGCCUAGAAGCUCUAUAUGAUUUGUAAACUUUCCGGAUAUCUAAAUCUAAAACACACACUUGAAAGGAACAACCUUAUUAUACUAAAACUAAAGGAAAACAUAGCUACUAAUAUACACAUAUACAAACCGAUAAAACAAACAAGCAUACAUCGUACAUCAUACAUCAACAUACUAUAUAGUAUUAGUAACAACAUCGGAGAGAAAAGAAAACUUUACACAAAAUUUAACCAAAAUAUUUAGGCAUAAAUUAAUAUUUAACACACACACACACAUACCAUAGACAAACAACUAUGCAAAUUUGAAGUUGUAUUUAUGUUUUCUAACUUAUAUAUAGUUUUAUUAAGCGAAACAAACGAAACCCGUGCUGAAGAUGAAUUAUUUCUAGAACUCUUUUUUGUGUUUGUAUAUUUUUUAAUGUUAAGCCUUUAAUGGAAAUUCUAAUUUCAUUUAAUGGCAACUCCCAUUUAAGUUUAAAAAUUUUAUUUUUUUUUUUUGGAAACCAGACCAAAUUGUUUUAUAAACAAAAAAAACACAAAAUUAUUUUGCAAGAACACAAACAAAAACAAUGAUUUAAAAAAUCGAAACUAUAUUCAUUUAAAAACUAUUUUAAAUUUAUAAAACGAUUCUUAAAAAUAUUUUAAAAACAAAACACCCUUAAAGAACGACUACUUUCGCUCAUCAAUGCGUGAAUAGAUUUUGCAAAAACAAAACUAAAUGUAUGAAAUCAUGUACAUCAUCUGCAUCCAUUUUAUGACAUUGUAUUUGUAACAUUUCGCUCUAAAACAUUAUUUAAUAUAUUUAUUUAUCCCUGAGCUUAAACCAAGCACUUGAGUAGUUUAAAUUUUAAUUGUUUUAAUUUGGAAACCUAUUUACAUACAUAAUACACACACACACACAGACACACAUUGACACAAAAAAUAUAUAAAUACUUAUUAGAAAUGCAUACAUUAUUUUAUUUAUUCAAUUCUUAUAUGAUUUUUGAUAUAUAUAAAUAUAUGUAUAAACAUCCCCAUACAUGUGAAAUAUUUUUGAUAAUUU